GUUAAAACACUUGUCAUGUUUCAUUCCAGAUUACCGUUUUAUGUAAAGAUGAGAAAAUCAGAGCUUUUUGAUUUCCAUCUGGAGGCAGAUGACAGAACGGAGGAGGAGAAACGGAAGCAAAAGGCACCAAAGAAGGAUGGCUUGGCUUCUGCUUUAGGGUGGAGCAAGGAGCCCCCUAAGGCCCCCAUGGACACCGACUACCAGGAGGAAAUGGAGCCGGUCAAGCCUCAAAUCCGAUUCAAUCUCAACUUUGACAAAGAGAUUCGAGGUGAGGCAUCACAGCCAAAGAGAGACAGCUCCACUUUCACCAUUGAGCGUCUGUUUGAAGCAGUGGCCAGCAGGGACGUCAACAAACUGGACGGCCUAUACCAGUACUUGAAUCAGAACAUGAAAAAACUCUCUGACUCUCUGUAUCAGUCGUACGGUAAAACCGCCCUGAUGAAAGCUCUGCUGCACCUCAAAGAUGGCAAGAACGAAACCAUAGAGGAGCUGGUCGACGUUUCAGAGAGGAUCGGCGACAUAAAAGAGUUUGUGAACGCCGCCUUCACCGAUAGCUACUAUAAAGGUCAAACUGCUCUACAUAUAGCCAUUGAGAGGAGGAGUGUGUCCUAUGUAAAGCUGCUGGUCAGCAAAGGUGCAGAUGUUCAUGCCAAAGCCUGUGGGAAGUUUUUUCAGCCUCAUGAUGGUCCCAACUUCUACUUUGGUGAGCUGCCCCUGUCUCUAGCAGCCUGCACAAACCAGCCUGACAUAGUGAGCUACUUAAUGGAGAAUGAGUUUCCAGCGGACGCCAAGAUGGCAGACUCUCACGGCAACACAGUGCUGCACGCCCUGGUGUUGGUGGCCGAUAACUCGAAGGAGAACACAGAAUUCGUAACGGCCAUUUAUGAUCGCAUCCUAAAGACCAAUGCCCGACUGCAUCCCAAGAUAAAGCUGGAGGAGAAAGAGAACAACGAUGGACUCACACCUCUCAAACUGGCUGCCAAGAAUGGCAAGAUUGGGGUAUUUUCUCACAUCCUACAAAGGGAAUUCCAGGUGAAUCACUUCAAGCACUUGUCCCGUAAAUUCACUGAGUGGGCUUAUGGACCCGUCCACAGUUCUCUGUAUGACCUGACCUCUGUGGACUCAUACGAGAACAACUCUGUUCUGGAAAUUCUAAUCUAUGGCAGUGAAAUUCCCAACCGCCACGAGAUGCUGGAGAAGGAGCCGCUCAGCUGCCUCCUGGAGGAUAAGUGGAAGAAGUUUGGAUGUGGAAUGUUUUUUUUCAACUUCCUGGUCUACCUUGUGUACCUGAUCAUCUUCACUGUUGUAGCCUACAAUAAAAAAGAUGCUACACAGCUUCCGUUUAUCCCUGACGACGCCUGGGAUUACCUGUAUGUUUCAGGCCAGCUGCUGACUUUACUAGCAAACUGCUAUUUCUUUGUCACAGGGAUUAUAGAAAUGAAGAGGAAGAGGCCAAAGAUGCAGACACUGCUGAUUGAUGGAUAUUAUGAGAUUCUCUUCUUCGCGCAGGGCUUACUGUUCCUGGUCGCCACUGUUCUGUACUGGGCGGGGAGGCAGGAGUACCUGGGCUUCCUGGUGAUCUGUCUGGCUCUCAGCUGGGUGAACGUGCUGUACUACUCCAGGGGCGACAAACACAUGGGCAUCUACAGUGUCAUGAUACAGAAGAUGAUCCUCAGCGAUAUCCUGCGCUUCCUUUUUGUUUAUAUUGUUUUCCUCUUUGGAUUCUCAGCAGCCGUCGUCACACUGCUCAUACAACCUCCUCCUGAAAACAGAACAGGAAAAGGGAGGCAAGGAUUUUUUGCUACCUCCAAACCCGACACAGAGUGUUUCACGCCCAGCUACAGAAACAUCUCCUACACUACCCUGCAGCUCUUCAAGUUCACCAUCGGCAUGGGCGACAUGGAGUUCACCCAGGAGUACCAGUACAUGGAGGUCUUCUACGUCCUCCUCAUCGGCUACAUCAUUCUCACCUACAUCUUGCUCCUCAACAUGCUUAUAGCCCUAAUGAGCCGCACAGUGGAAAAGAUCACCACGGAGAGCGCCAGCAUUUGGAGGCUGCAGAGGGCUGUCACAAUCAUGGACAUGGAGAGGCGGCUACCCUGCUGUCUGAAGAAGAGUUUUCGCUCUGGGGUGGAGAGGAAACUCUGUACAGCUAUUGGAGACGAUCGUCGGAGGUGUUUCAGGGUCGAGGAAAUGAACUGGAACAAAUGGAACACCAACCUGGUCAACAUCAGUGAGGAUCCAGGAUGCUGUGAUCUGAGCCAGCAGCCUGAUUUGGACAGCCCUUCCAGAGGGUUUAACAGAGGGAGGAGCUGGAGAGACAUUUUCAUGGAGGGUUCUUGGAGGAGGAGGAGGCCGCCUCAGUCCACCGAGAUGAGCCUCCUGUAAAUCUGAAGAGUUAAACAUGGUUGCUCAGCCCGAAUGAUACGAGCAACAAGGCUUUCCAACUCAAACAUAUUGUUGAACAGAGAAAAGCUUGAACUGAUGCCCUAACUGACUUGCAGUGUUUGCGUUGUUGUAAACACAAUUUCAAAAGAAACAUUCAAGCAAUAUCAACAGUAGCAAAGAAAAUAUUGAGGGUCUUUCUGUGUUUGACGUCAAUAGCUCUAUUAAAAAAUUACCUUUAGGCAUGCUGUAGCAAGUUUUGCUUAAUCCUAGAUGAAAUGUUGUAUUUUUUAUUAAAAUGUCUUGUGAUGUGCAUGUCAACGAGCUGAUUUUGAACGUGAGCGGUGCAAAGACGCCCAAACCUUCCAGCGCCUCUGGCGUGGCUUAAAAUCCAUCAUGGCGUUGUGCUGAUCACCAAGGUGCUGAUCCUGCCUCUCCUGCUGUGUGCCCUUUAUACAGGUCCCAUUUUCAUCACAGCCAGACAAGCUAAAUCUACUGCAGUCAGAUCAGGCCUGCAGAUUUCACAGCUUGCUCCAUCUACUCGACUUCCUCUGGCCAUGAGGCAGAGGCAGGCCUGCAUAAAGGGCAUGAAAGCACAGCAAUCGGAGCAACAAUCGCCACCUUCGGCUCCGGCUGACACAGUUACAAAUUAUACGUGCUCCAGACCUUUUUGUUCAGUCACUUCUUUGGCUGUGAGGCUCUAGUCGAAGUUUUCUUGUGUUACGCAAAUAAAAGGUGAUAAUUUUGGUUUUUCAGAGAUACAUUUGAGCAUUUUUUUUUUGCCUAGUUAUAAUUUAAUAUUUAAUCCAAAUAGGAUAAAAUAUACAGGUAUGAUUUUGACAAAAACAUUUUGUGGAGACAUCAAAGUACAUCUGGCAUCAUAUUUGAUCAGUAUUCUGUUUGAGAAGGUUAUAGUUCAAUUAAAAGCCGGCCAUGCAGCCGGCUUUUAAGAUUAGUCCAUAAUUGGGUUUUGGUCUGGGUCACUCCAGAAGCUUAGUGUUAACCUACCUUAUCCAUUCCAGAACCAGACUUGUAUGCAUUUCCAGAUUGUUGACACCAGGACAACGAUCCCAAACACGAGUCAAAUCAGGCCCGACUCCUCUAAAUUGUUCAAAUGACAGUUCUGACACAUUUCAAAGCAUAAAUUAGAACUUUAUUUUAUUAUUACAAUAUUACAAAAAGAGUAGCACAACUCUCACGCUCUUGCCUCUUAUCUGUCGUACAGAAUGACACAAAAGAAAGGCUCGUGGACCUUCUUCCAUUUCACAGCAAUAGUACAAGAAACAAAAGAGGAAAAUAAAAUUUAAAUAACAAGCAAAUCAAGUAUCAUAAAUAGUCACAACUGCAAACUGAAGCUUUGAAACUGGAAAAAAAAGUUACAGCUCAGUAACUACACAUUGCUAAAAAUAUAUAAUUACAAAAUAUUCCUCCUUUUUCUUGCUUUCCAACCAUAAGGAAUCUCUAAGGAAUUGCUUUCGAUGGAAAAAAAAACUUCAUUCAAAUUAAAAGGCAAAAAAAAAAAAAAAAAAUUGCUGUUU